AUGGUGCACUGUUGCCUCCACCGCGCACUGCUUGUCGUCCUGCUGUUUGCCUCCUUGCUGUCGGGGCUUGCGGCUGCUCACCAGCGAGGCGGAGGCGGAACCAACCUCGAGGGCUCUCCGUCGCCGUCGCUCUCGCUCUCUCUGCUCACGCCAGCGACCUUCGGGGAUGGGUUUUUGGUGAUCAACGCCUCGACCUCGACCUCCAACGUCUCGCGCGUGGCCUUCUCGCUCGUGCCCAAGAGCGGCGCCUCCUUCAGCACCACCGCGCCCAGCAGGAGUGACCCGUCGGUCGUGGAGGUGGUCGUCGCCUUCAGCAACCAGCGUCUGGUCCUUCUAGGCCUCCGUCUCGCUAGCUCCGCCCUCAUCAACGACACCAGCGACUCGGUGGUCUACGCCCGCGAGCUGGUGGCGCCUGUCGGCCCGCUGGGCGGCGUGGCUGUGGACUGGACCCGUCGUCGUGCCUUCUUCGCCGAGAACACGGGCGGCAGCGUGCGUGCCGUGUCGCUCGACCUGCCGGGGCCAACGGCGCUGGCGCAGCUUCCCGUCUUCGCGCAGCUGCCGUAUCUACCUUACGGAGGCAGUCUCCUGGGCGACCUUGCCCUCGACGUCGGCCGCGACACGCUGUACGUGGGGCUGAGCAUCAAGGAUGGCAACAACUGGCCCGUGACCGCUGUCUGGAGCGUGCGCAUGGACGGCUCCGGGCUGGGUGUGGCGCGCAACCUCACCCGUGUACAUUCCGGAUCGAUCAACCCUCCGGUGCUUGCGCUCGGCGCCAGCACGCCGGGGAGCGGGUCGCCGCGGCUGUUGGUGCUGACGAGCCUCCAGGCCUCAAGGAGCUUCUAUGAUCUCACCGCCUUCGGCCUGCCACUCACGCCCGACUCGGGCAACGGCACUGUGCUGCAGCUGUCCACCGCCACUGACGACCCGACCGGCCUGGCGGAGGACGGGCAGGGCUGGAUCUACGUGGCCGACAGGAGGAGGGGCGUCGCUCGCCUCCGCAACAACGGCACGGCCCUCACCCAGGGCUUCAUCCGGCUCACCGCGGACGAGCCGCUCGUGGCGCUCGGCCUCGUACAGCCAGGCGAGAGCGAUUCUCUCAUCAGCCGCGGAGGUCGCCUGCUGCUGUUUGGUGCCAAGCGUCGGUUCUACGCCGCCCCUCUGCUCCCGCCCGUCAACCUCACCGUGUUGGCCGCAGCCCAGGGGAGCGACAGUGUGACCGGCCUGGUCAUGGACCCGGUCAGCUGCCGCAUGUGGUACCUGGAGAACGGAGGGGCCCUCGUCACGCGUCAGGCCAACAACUGGCUCCCGGCCACGCGCCAGAUCACUCCGUACACCUACGCCUCGUCCAACCUGGCCAUCAACUCGCGCAACCAGCUCUACUUUGCACGCAACUUCCCCACCACGGGCGAGGUCUUGCGCGUCGAUGGCGACGUGAGCGGCGGCAACAUGAGCGUCCUGGUCAGCUCGUUUGGGCUGCAGGCCGAUGGCACCGCCAUGGCGACCGACCCCGUGGGCCGCAAGCUCUACUACCUUGCGAACGGCAUGGUCUUUAGGUCCGAGCUCGACGGGUUUCGUCCCGCUGUCUACGCACGCACGAGACCCGCAACCACGAUCAGCUCCUUCGCCCUCGACGUCAAGCAGCGCCUCAUCUUCUACAGCGAGGGCAACAGGCCUGGCUGCGACAUCUACCAGGCCGAGCUCGACGCGUCCCAGAAGUCACCGGUGCUGGCCUACUCCUGUCCCCUCAGUCAGCGGCGCCACCCUCCGGUGUCGCUCGCCUCCGAUCCGGUCCACCGCGUCCUGUACCAGCUCGAGUGCCCCGGCACGUACCCAUCGUGCUCUCUCUAUGCCAUUACGCUUCGGUCCCCAUCGUCGGACAGCUCGUCUACGCUCCUCGCUUCGUUCUACACUCGCCUCCCCACACGCGUUCAGUUCGACCCGCAACACAAGACGCUCUUCUUGAGCGAUUCGACCGGCAAGACGCUCCUCCGCUGUCCGCUCUCUGGCCAGGCGUCCUCCAACUUGACCUGCUUCGAUCUUCAUCUCAAUCCGCACACUCGGCUCGUCGCGAUCGCUGUCGAUGCCCCGCGGCGCCAGCUCUAUGCCAUCGACAAGCCUAGCUACACCGUGGUGCGCUUCGAGCUCGCCGAGCCCGACUCGUCGCAGCCCAACCUGGGCAACUCGUUCGAGGUGCUCCAUCAGCUCCGCGACAGCGAGCUGCCGGAUGACUACGCCCCGCAGCACAUGCAGAUCGACCCUGACGCCGGGCUGCUCUAUCUCCGGACCGCGACAGGCAUCGGCCGCGGCGUCAUGCACCACGCCACGCCAGCUCCCUACUCACCGAUCGAGCCUCUGAUCAACGAUUCGGUCGUGGCCUUCGCCACUGACCCCCUGCGCCAGCGGAUCCACUGGGUGCGAAGCAAGGAAGCGAACAACCACGUUUACCAGAUCGAACUCUGGUCGGCCGCGCUCGACGGCACCGACGCCCGCCUGCUUGCCGACUGGUUGACCGGCUCGCCCUGCGGCGCUGGCGUCCCCGUCGCGCUCCACUUGGACCCGCCGUCGCCGGCCAACGCCUCGGUCGUACCGCCGGCCUUCUGGACGGUUUGGAGCACCUCGACGGUCUGCCACUGGAACGGCACCGUCAUGCGCCGCGUGGUCGCCGCGGCCAACUACGGCAGAGUGAAGAGCACGGCCUACGACGCUGGCCUGCAGCGGGUCUACGUCACCGGCACCUACUGGCAGGACGUGCCCACCAUCUUCGUGGCCGACGUGCGCAAGCCGGCGGUGAGCAUGUGGAAGCAAAAGGACGCGGUGGCGCUCGACGGGAUAGCCGCGAGUGCUGCGGGCGGCGAACUGUACACCGCUCAGCUGGCCUCGAGGAGCAUCACCAGCUCGCAGCCGGUCGUGUUCAGCUGGAAGACGAGCGAGCUCUCUGUCAAGCGAGGUGAGGUGCUGCGUGCGAUCCCGCCGGCGGCAGCCCUUAUCGACACGCAGGACCCAGAACGCCUCGUUUACUUCAUCGACCAAGAGGGCUCCUCAGUGUGGACCGCGCGCUCCGACGGCACCGGUCAGCGCCUCACGCAUCGCCCCAUCCACGCGGAGUACGUGAACGCCAGCGCCUUCUGGGUCGAUUCCGCCCUGGGGCUCUUCUACUGGACCGAGCGCCUCCGGCUCGACACGCGUGUGGCGCACCUCGACUUCCUCGAUCACGUGGCGACGGUGUUGCUGGUGCCGCUGGCCAACAGCAAGACCGUGCUGGUGGACGACCUGCGCGGCUGGAUCUACUGGAGCGACGCCUCCCAGGGGCGAGUGAUGCGGGCGCGCAUCGACGGCGGAGGAGUCGAGUGCUUCUGGAUCGGCGAGUACUACAAGAUGACGCAAACCAGGCUGCAGGCGGUCGAGCCCGUCACCGGCGACCUGAUAGUCUUGGCCUAUGACGCCUCGGUUCCUGAUGUGAGCGUGAAGCGGCGCAGCCUUGCCACCGGCGAGGUUUCCGUCUUGCUCUCAGUUCGCUUAGGCAUCUUUGGCCCGCUCUCGGGGCUCGGCGCAGCGCAGCUCGACCCUCGCACCGCUGGCGACGACGGCUGCCUGCGCCUCUGGCUGGGCGCCGCCGUGGAAGCCAACAGAGCGGACCAGGGCUUCAUCGCCACGGCGUGCGCCGGCCAGAACAAGGUCACUCGCCUCGUCGACCUGCCGCAAGUACGCCAAGUCCCCUGGACGAUGCAGCUCCUGCCCGACCUCGGCCACUGUCUGCCACCUUCCGGCCUCGACCUGUGA